AUUAAAAAUCAAGAAGAAGACGCCUAUCGCCUCCUCCAUCCUCUUUUCAUUAGCACGCGGCACUUCAAGAUAGUGCGCAGUGUUUUCCUCUGAGCGGGAGAAUAUGUCUGUCUAAUCGUCAUAAUAGAAUCCCGCUGCAUAAAUCAUAAGAUAUGGCGACAUGCAGCAGCGCUUCGCUUUCACAGACGGUGGAGACUAUGUCCAACUUUUAUCGUGAAUUGGAAAGGACGCUCAAAGCAAGCGGGACAGGGGUAUGAACAGUCACGGCUGAGGACUCUAACGGAGUUAGUGAGUUUCGACUCUUUUUCCUUGGUUGCAUGUCUUCCCCCAGCCCUCAUCUGUACUUUUUUGGGAAAUGAGUUCUGUUUUGGAUUCAUUUCAAAAUAAAUGCCACUAGUGGCAAGGAAAAAAAAGUGAAUUUCAUGCUAUUUUAGGACAGGAGACAAGAUUCUUCCAAAUUACUGCCUGCACAAUUAGCACAGAUAAGUACAAUGAAUUUGUCAAGUCUUUUACAAUACAAAAAGGACAAUCUGCUUUAAUGUAUUCAAGUUAUACACCUGAAAGUACUUUAUUUAGGUUUUUUGUUGUAUAAUGUUUAGCAAAUUUGAAUAAAACCAGGAAAAGGAAGAGGACACGUAACAGAAGAAACACAACUUUUUUCACAAAACAGUUAUUGAUUACUUCCUGCAUCAGUGAAAAAACAAUAUGUAGCUUUUGAUUAUUACAGAAAGACUCCUCUUUUUAGAUUUAGAACCUAGAUUUACUAUUGUCAGGUCAUGCAUAUUUGUAUCUAAUUCAUAUAAAACUGCAUCAUCUCUUGAGCAUGAGGAGAAACCUACAACUAAAAUAUAAACUGCUGAGAUCAGUGAGCCAGAUUAUCAGGAAAUCAAUACUUUCUUUUGUUAUUGAACACUUAAUGUUUUAAAGAGUUUUACAAUUGUGUAGUAAACAAUUAUUGCACACCGUUUGAAUUUGAAAAGAUUUUAUAAUUUUAAAGGAGACACAACCAGAUAGCAGAUAUACAUGUGUAUAUGCAUGUAUGUGUGUAUGAAUGUGUAUGUUAUGCGUAAAUAAAGUAUUUUUCUACCAUUUUUGCAAAAGACAGUAGGGCAAACAAUCCAGUCCAGUUCCCUUCCUGAGGAGUACCACAUAUAUGUAUACAGAUGUAUCCGAGGCAUUGUCAGCUAAUUUUACUGUUUCUCCAACAUGGCUGAAUUACUGACGACACUGAUGUUGGUCCAGGUCUUAAGCUGAACAUGGCAUCAAGUAAAAUGGAUUGCCAGUCUGCAGAUUUGGCAGAGUGGCAUAAACUGCCUUUUAGCUCCUGGACUGAAUCUCAUGUGAGCUCAUGGCUGAAAUCCAUUGGAAUAAAAGAACAGUACAUACUGAAGCUGAAUGAAGAAGAAGUGACUGGAUCAGUUCUCACAGCUCUACAGAGGGAUUAUCUCAGCAAAACUAUUGGAAUGAAAAGUGGUCAAAUUGAGCUUUUACUCAAGAAAAGAGAUGAUCUGUUAAAGACAGAACAGAGCAAAACAAGUAGCAAUACAAAACAUGACAAAAAAGAAAAUGUUUUUGUGUCAGAAGAAACACCUGACAGAGAGAUGCAAAACGUUGGCACCACUUCAUUCAAUGACAUUUUAAAGUCUGGAGUGGGUUCCUGUCAGUAUCGAAAAUUUGACCAGCGUCCAACAAACUUCAGAUAUGUGAAGCACAAUUCGCUUCCCCCAGAGACGGGACCUGAAAACAUGAUUGUUCCAUGUCAUGAAUAUAAGUCACUAGAAACUGCGCACAAACUGGACUCAAGAAGACUUAAAACAAAAGUAGCAAAUGAAGUCCUGAGAUUUGCAUGUGCCUGUAUGAAUAUGAGAGCCAAUGGAACAAUUCAUUUUGGCAUAAUGGAUAAAGUCAAAUCCACACACAGGCAUGGUGAAAUCAUAGGGAUACCAGUCCAAAGUCAAGAAGAUUUUGUGGAUGCAUUAGAUUACAUUGAAAAAUGCUUUAAAGGCUCAAAUCACCAAAUUGAUGCUAGGAAAUGCAUCAGGAACCCCUGCUUCAUUGAGGUCCUUGAUAAGGAAAAUGCUGAGAAAACAUGGAUUGUUGAAUAUGACAUUGUCCCAAAAGCCAGCAUUGUUAAAGGUAAACUAUACUCUGUUGGUGUCCCAAAGUUCUCUGAGAAAGAUGGCAAAGUGAAAUGUGAAGAGCAAAUCCCCUAUCAACGGGUCGGGGCCAACACACCACGGAUAUCUGAUGACGAACUAAUUUGUUUUAUUCAAGAUCUGAGAGAGAAGGAUCAACAAAGGGAGGAGGCCGAGUCCUCAGCCAACCAAUCACCUCUGGAAUUCAGAGAAGACCAAAAGAGAAAGCUGUCCAUCCUUCUGACCGGAGGGAAAACACACAUGGACAAUUCUCUCUUUUACAUUGUUGUCGCAAAUAAAAUACAGCCAGAAGAUCUUGACAACAUAACCUUCUUGGUUAACAUGAAACUUUUUUGUGUGUUUGACUUUGACCCUGAUUCUGAAACAUCUGGCCUUUAUGGUAAAUACAAGGAGCAGAAAGCUGUAACCCCACAUUUCCUCAAUGACUAUGAAAACAACAAAAGACUGGAAAAUGCUGAUCUUAUUGCUUCUUUAAAGCUCUUUGAUCGAGUUAGUUGGAUCUAUUGCAAUGGCCGAAACAACUUCCCUGGCAACAAUGUUCCCAGCGAUGAAGAAACUUGGAUUAAAACAAGAAAAAAAAAGAUGAAAAAAGCUGUGUCCCUAAUUUGCAAUGAAAUCCUCCCCUGGAAUUCAUUUGUUGUUAUCUUUCUGCUCAUGUCUGAUGUUGAACAGCCUCUUGUUGAGACUUUUCAUGAGUUUUAUGCAGAAAUGAAUGGGUAUAAUUGUUUAGUUAUCAUUGCAGAAUCUAAGGAAACCUAUAGAAAAUGGUCAAGUCUUGCUCAGAUUUCUUGUCCCAUUUCUGAACUCAAAGAAAUCAGCAUUGUUGACAUGCCACUGAGUCAUGUGGAUGCAACAGUUCAAAGCAUUCAGCUAUCAAAGAAUCAACCACAAAGGAAACUACCAGUCUCAAAUCGGGGUUUGUGUUUCUUGAAGUCUGUUGAUGAGGCUAUGCUAGACUCGUUGGAGAUCAUCAGCGUUGACCAGUGUGAUGACACAAACCUAGAAAUCAUGAGUGAGAGCGAAAUCAAAGAAACUGAACUCUACUUCUACCAUGGUGGAAAAAUUAACUGGAUUAACUUCUGGCUUGCUGAAAAGCACAAAUGUGGAAACAUCAUUGAACGGGAUGCCUACAAGGAAGCAAAUACAAUCCUGGACAAUGUGGUUCAUCGUCACAAAGCUGUGCGUCCCAUUGAAAGUGUGAAUAUAUAUCAUCAUCCUGGCAGUGGGGGAAGCACCGUGGCACGACAGAUGCUCUGGAGUAGAAGGACAAUACUACGAUCUGCAGUUGUGAAACAGUCAAAAGAAGCCACUACUCUUUGUGAGCAUGCAGUGAAACUGAGAGAACACGAUGAGAAUGAUAAAAACAACUGUCUUCCUGUGCUUCUCCUACUGGAGGACCAAAAUCCAGAUUACAUUGAUGAUCUUCGACGACAUCUGGGAAAUGCCAUUGCAAUCAAAAAGAUAAAUCCGUCAAUGUUGUGCUUCAUCCUGCUCAUCUGCAACAGAUCAAAUGAUCCAGAAAGAAUGUGCAGGGCAUCACCAUCUCAAACAGUAGCGGUCACCCACAAACUGUCAGAUCAGGAAAAAUCUUUAUUCCUGAAAAAAAGUGAGGAACUCAAAUAUCAGUUUGAAGACUUGGACUUCAAAUUCAUCCUCACGUUUGUUCUUAUGAGCAAUGAGUUCCAACCAAGCUACAUAAAGGAUUUUGUUAAAAAUCUUUUAGAUAAAAUUGAUCAUACAUCACUGAUCACUCGCCUCAUCAGAUUUGUGGCUUUACUAAAUUGUUAUGUAAAGGAUUCCUACAUAUCUGUUUCUCACUGCGAGGCAUAUCUGGGCAUUGGUCUGCAUGUGGUUGAAACUCGGUACCAUGCCUUUGUUGAUCACCUCAGUGAUGAGGCCAAAUUAAUUUUCAUCCAUCUUAGAGACAGUUCAACACACAUCCAGUCAAUCCGUAUCAUUCAUCUGCUUGUGGCCAAAGAAAUCUUGAGCCAGCUCUCUGUCAAUAUGCCUCAAAGCUCUAUUGCCACAGAGCUCAUCAAAGAUGAUGUACUCAUCAAUCACAGGUUUGACAGAGACCAAUUCCUUAAGGUUAUAAGAGCUCUCUUCAUUAGACGCAAUAAAAAAAGCAGAGGUGACCCAAAGGACACAACUUUUUCUCCACUAAUUGAGGAAGUCCAAAUUGAAGAAGGUGGUGUUCAGAAAGCUGUUGACUUGAUGAAAGCUGCAUUCAUAGCUUUGGGAAAAGAUGCUUAUGUGGCACAACAACUUGCCCGGCUGCUUUACACCAAUAAGAGAUUUGAGGAGGCUCUUAAGUGGGCACAGGAAGCGAAAUCAUUGUCUCCCCAUGACACAUUCAUCCUUGACACACUGGGUCAAGUGUACAAGUGGUGGUUUUACCAUUUGUAUGACACCCUUGAAGAAAAAGAGCCUUCCCCCAAAAGGGGGGUUGAAAUCAUACGUUUUGCCCUGAAGGGAAUAUCUGCUUUUCGAGCCUCUGAAAAAACACCAAAAAAAGAGACAGUCAUACUUAAUAGUUCAUACUAUGGGGAAGUGGAUGUUGGCUGCAGGCUGCUUAAGUUCUUGUCAGGAGUUGAUGUUUUUUCAAAAACAACUGGAUAUUCACAGCUGAUGAACUACCUAAUAACAGACUACAUACCAGAAGAAGUCAGAAUACCCUGGCAGGAAUUUCAUCCGGAGCUGAAAGGGUUGGAAAAGAGCUUGAGACAGGCUCUGGAAUGCAUUUCUGAAGAUCUGAGCUACUUUCAGACUGACAUCAGUGAAGAAGAUGAGGAACUUGAUGCAAGAGAUCCAGAGCAGGUUUAUAAUCCAAGAGAAUGGUUGACAAGGAAAAGUGCUGUUUAUGCUGGAUUUUUCUGUGUUAUACAAGAGGAGAUGAAUCAAGCAGCUGAAAGUCUGAGCACUGAUAUAAAAAAUCCUGGAAACGUACUCUCAUCUUUCCAAAGACAGAUGAGAACCUACAAGCUUGGAGGAGGAAAUGUUACAUCAAUCCUCUCUUUACUCUAUGACAAAGACCGAAUGAGGGCUGGAAAAAAACUAGAGGAGAUUAUGGACAUGUAUCCAGAAAACCUGACAUGGAAGGAUCUUGAUGAAACGGAGCUCACUAAUGUCAUUUUUUGCCAGGUAGCUCUUAACUGUAUCCUACCUGGAUCCUCAAAGCUCUUAUCCCUCAAGCAAUUACAAGAUCUCAGCAAAGGAUUUAAGGCAAAAGGAAAAGACAUGUCAAAAGCAAGUGCCCUCUUUCUUCUCUCUCUCCUGUUUUGGCCUGAAAACAGUAAAGAAGUGAGUUCUGCUGAUGCUCAGAUCCUUCUGUUGGCCAUUGAUGCUCUUCAGAGACUAUGUGAACAUAAAUUCCUACACAUGUCUCAGAGAAAAAGUAGGAUUGUCACACACUUCUUCCUGGCCAAGGCAAGAGGUCUAAACAAGAUUGUCCAUAGAAGUGCUAUCGAAAAACAGAUCAAAGGAACGCUGAGUGAGAGAAAACUAAAAUGGCUCGGAGGGGAAGUGUGGAAAACCCAGGAAGUUGUGCAGCAACUGAAACGGAUUGAAGGGUGGACAGAGAAUGAAAACUUAUAUGUCCAAUGUGGACAUAAAGACAGCAAAAUAAGAGUAAUUCCUCGAAACUCUGCUUAUUUGCCCUAUGGAAAUGAAAAAGUCACUUUUUACUUAGGAUUUUCAUUUGAUGGCGUAGUUGCUUUUGACAUUCAGAUGAUGAAAUAAUGUUAACUCUAAUUAAUCUUAUCUAAGGUUACUUUAAUCUGGACAAAGCAUGAUUUGUGUCAAAAAGGUGCAGCGACAUAAAAGUCAUUUCCUGAAUAUAUAUUUGCUGACCAAAAUGAAUGAAUGUGAGCUGCAUGGAUGACGAGGUAAACUGAGCAGACUUAUUCAAUUGAACCUAAUUUUAUUACUCAACUUAAAUGUGAUUUAUGCUGCAGAACACAUGUAACUGGUCCAUAUUAGUUUUUUUUAAAUCUUGGGAUGUUAAUAUCUUCUGAAACAUGUUUUGUAAUCGCAUGGUGAGUAACCAGAUUUCUUCAGAAAGAUGAUUAUCUGUGGAGACACUUUCUGAGUGAUACGUUAAUAGCUAUUUUCCUUGAAUGAACAAAAUAGUUUGCACUACAUACACUGUAAAACAUUUGAGUCUUCAAAUAAAUUAAAAAGUUAAAGUUAAAUUGAAAAAAUUUAUAAAUGCGUGAGUUUGUGAAAGAUAAACUUACAAUAACAAGUAACAUGCCACCAAGCACAAUGGGAACUCUACUUUAUUCAAAUCUUGGAGCUUUGACAAAAUGAAUAAAAAGUUUACGCAACUUACUAUUGUAAGUUUAUCUUUCACAAACUCAUACAUUUAGGUACAAAAUCUAAAACUCACUAAAUUUAUUUGACUUAAAGAGUAGGAUAUAGUAGACACAGGUCUAAGUGCUGUUCAAAUGUUUUGCAAUGUGGAGAAAAAUAUUGGGCAUGGAUUAAAAUUUGAACCAAGUACACAGCUAAGCAAGACAUCUUGAUUUAGAUUGAAUGUAUUUGGUGUUUUUAGGUAUUUAGUGGUUUUGAGAUUUAUCUUAAGUUUUUUUGCCAAGUAGUAUUACGACUUAAGAUUUUACUUUAUACAUAACUGCACGUCUCUGUAUAAGGAAUGAUUUUUGGUCUUUGUUGUGCCUUUUUAAACAAAUUUUGCAUAACUUAUUGUUCUAACUUUAAUAAAUGUUAUUGUGCUUUUAAAAAGACAGUUGUCAUCAUUUGUGAAGGUAUGAUCUUCAUUAAGUUGCAUAAAGGUUGUCAUCUAAAGAUUACGGUCCAACAAACACUGAGAAUUGUUUAUAUUGUUACUUUUAUCAAUGCUAUUAUCAACAGAUACUAAAACAUAUUUUCAUUGCAGGACCUCUAAACAUUGAAAGCAAUCAAUGGAAAGUAAGAUUAAUUGAAUCAUUUGAGUCAAUCGGAUACCUUGUUCUUUACUUCAUUAAAGAUGUUUAAAAAAAUGAUACUCAAAGUAACAGCUGCUUGAUACUGGAGCAUGGCUUGUAUUUCAUUUUGUUUUGUUCCCCAACUCCAACCCCCAAGAUGUCAGUUAAUUCUGAUAAUGAAUAACCAAUCAAAGCCAGAUAAAACUGACUGACGCACCAGUGAUAGACCUUAAUAAGACUUGUUUCAAAUUUGGGGACACUGAUAUUUAAUGGAGAGUAAACUAGCAAGGACCACUCGUAACUGUCAUAUCUAAAUGCAUUCUUUAAAUAUAAAUGUAAAUGUGUUUCAUCUAAAAUAUACCCUUGCAACUGUGAUUUUUACUCAGUUUUUUUUUCCGGGUUAUACUGAGAUAGAUCCUCAGAGAGAAGAGAAGUCUGUGGUUUUGUCCUGCAGUGUCUAGUAAUCCAGAUGUUUAACAUCUAUAUUAGUACACUCACCCAGGAUCAUUUACAGAGCAUUAGUUUUAAUGUAGACUAUAUAGAGACCAAGGAAAUCAUUUCUGGGUUAGGUUUAUUUUCAAGUAAAAUAAAAGCACAAAAAACAUUACAGAUGUUUGUAGAUGUCUAUAGAGGUCCUGUAAAAGUGCCCCUAAUCAAAACCAGAGCUUGUUAAAAAACAAAAACAUGUAUUUAGGACUAAAUCUGCAGGAAACAGUUUCUUUGAAAUGGACAAAUGAAAACACUUUCUGGCAGCCCUAACCCAAUAGCCACAGUGACAUCAGUCCAACAACAAUGUGUGAUUCACAGUGUAGGCCAAAGCAGAAUCAUAUUUACAAAACUGGGAUUCAUUACAUGCAAUGAUGAUCAUUACUCAUGUGAUACUAGCAACAUCAUGUUCAGGGUUAGUUUUUGUGUGCUUCUUAACACCACGUAGCUCUUCAGUUUGCCGUGUACUAAAAUACCAACAGUGCAUCCACUACAAGCAGCCAAGGAAACCAGAAACCAGAUGAAUGUCUAAACCUAUUUAAGGAAACCAGAACAGGGGUACAAUCUAAAAUAAAUAUCAAAAGAGUGGCCUGAUGGGGGCCACCAUGACAUCAAAACAAAAACUGAAUUUCAGGAGUUUUACUAAACUGAUGUCAUAGUAUUGAUCGACAUUUAACAACAGGAGAGUGAAAUAGUUAGACUGAGUGAAGGAUAUUACAGGUGAGUUAUAAAAAAUAAAAUAAAAAUGGACUUAAAUUAGUUGAUAAAUGUCACUUACUGAGGCUUCCUUUCUGUACUCUCCAGCAGCAAUCUAACAUAAACACCUUAGUUUAAAAAAGGAAGGUUUCAAUAAUAUGAAAACAUUUUAUAAGGCAAAUCUAAGAAUAAUGAACUAUGGCUAACUAAACAGCAAACUCACCACAA